AUGUUGUUCAAGGGCGCCGUCGUUGCGCUCUGCGCUGCGUUCGCUACAGCUGCUCCUAGCCACGACAAGCGAGGCCCCAGCGGCUUCCCUUGGGGCAAGGACAAGGUUCGAGGUGUCAACAUCGGCGGCUGGCUGCUUCUUGAACCAUGGAUAACACCAUCGAUUUUCCAGCAGUUCGACCAAAGCAGAGGGAUUAUGGACGAGUACACUUUGGGACAGGCAUUGGGUGCGCAGCAGGCUCGCGAACAAGUGCUGCAGAAGCAUUGGGACACGUGGUGCACCUGGGCGGACUUCAAGAAGAUUGCAGACAGCGGCUUCAAUGCGGUGCGAAUUCCAUUCGGAUACUGGGCAUUCGACAGCUCAGACUCGCCGUUCCCCUCAGGCUCCGCACCAUACCUCGAUGCCGCGAUCGACUGGGCGAGAUCGACCGGCUUGAAGGUCAUGCUCGAUCUUCACGGCGCACCAGGCUCGCAGAACUGCUUCGACAACAGCGGUCAAAAGUGCGAUACUCCCAAGUGGACCACUGGUAACACUGUCGCAAAAACACUCCGAGUUCUGAAGACCGUCCAGGACAAGUAUGGCGCCUCCUCAUACGACGAUGUGAUCAUGGGCAUCCAGCUCCUGAACGAGCCUCUCACUCCAGUCCUGGAUCUCAAUGUUGUUAAGCAGUUCACUCGUGACGGCUAUGGUCAACAACGAGACUCGAGCCAAUCGCGUGUCGUUGUCUUCCACGAUGGCUUCCAGCAGGUCAACAAGUACAAUGGCUUCCUCACCCCAAGCGACAACAACGCACAGAACGUUGUAGUCGACCACCACGAAUACCAAGUGUUCUCUCCCGAGCUCGUCGCCAUGAAGCCAUGGGAACAUCGCCAAUACAUCUGUAACAACGCGAUCGUGUACAGCGGUGGCGACAAGUGGACCUUUGUCGGGGAGUGGAGCGGAGCCAUGACCGACUGCGCUGCUGCACUCAAUGGAUACGGCACUGGUGCUCGCUACGACGGAACGUUCCCAGGCUCAUCUUACGUCGGUUCCUGCCAAAACAUCAACUUCAUGGAGACCUGGGACCAGCAAUUCCGCGACGACACACGCGGCUACAUUGAAGGACAGAUGGAAUCGUUCGAACGCAACACCGAGGGCUGGUUCUUCUGGAACUUCAAGACAGAAGGCGCACCAGAAUGGGACGCUUUCCGUCUCAUCGACGCAGGCAUCUUCCCGCAGCCCCUGACUGACCGCAAAUUCGGCGCCAUCUGCUCAUAG